AACCUCAAAAACCCAUGUGCUUUCAAGUUUCUAAGUUGUUUGCAACUUUAAAAACCGUGAUUAUUAAGUGAAUAAUCAAUAAAUAUAGUGAAAAUGUCGAUUAAAACAAAGAAAAAAGUAAAAUCUGCCCAACCUGAAUUUACGAUGGACUGGAACUCAAAAACUCAGCCCAAAGCAAAAGCUAUGGUGUUUGCAAGACGCAAACAGAAACCAACAGAUGCACCUACACCAUCUACACCAACUCCAGCAUCAAAACCACAAAUUAUAAAGAAAAAUACCACAAUAACUAAAGUUUCCGAAGUGGAAAGUGUUCCAGAAGUACACACUUCACCUGAGUUAAACAAAAGUGGACCAAUUGGUCAUAUAAAACGCAAACAGAAGAAAGAUAAGUUGUUAGCCAAGCAAUUAAUGCAAGAAGGCAAGAAAAGUGAUGUGAAAAGCCAUAACGAUGGACCAAAUUAUAACUUAUUCAGUGUAAAGCAUAAAAACAUUUACGUUAACCAAUCUGCUGGUAAAUCAGUGUCUGAGAAAGUGUUUUCUACUUGUGACUUUAAAAAUAUGGGACUGCAUCCACACUUGGUGUCAAAUUUAGAAAAGCAUGGAUUUUUAAAGUCAACAAAUGUGCAGAGUAAAGCUAUUCCUGUUAUCGUCACUGGGAAAAAUACUUUGGUGCGUUCCCAAACCGGAUCCGGUAAAACUUUGGCAUAUGCCGUGCCAAUAAUCGACGCAUUGCAAGGUAUACAACCGAAAUUGAAACGCACGGAUGGUAUUCAAGCUAUAAUUGUUGUACCAACACGAGAAUUGGCGUUACAAGUGAACGAAUUAUUUAGUAAAAUAAAUACAUUUCAAUGGUUGGUCGUAAAUCAUCUGUGCGGUGGCGAGAAUCGCAAAACCGAAAAAGACCGCAUAAAAAAAGGCAUGAGUGUGGUAAUUGGCACACCAGGACGACUCUUAGAUCAUGUCCUGCACACAACCGCGAUGAAAAUUGACCAGGUGCGUUGUUUAGUACUCGACGAAGCCGAUAGACUGCUAGAUAUGGGUUUCCGCAAAGAUAUUGUUAGUUUAGUGGAAGCAUUGGAUAAAGCUAAAUCCGACUCUGAGACAAAACCUAACCUCGAAGAUGAUUCCACACCACCUUUGAAGAACAUCCACUCGAAACAACGUCAAAAUCUCAUGCUUUCAGCGACUUUAACACAAGCAGUGAGUGAAUUAGCAAGUUUCACCAUGAAAGAUCACACCUACAUUGAUGCACUCGACCUAACCUCAAACGCAGUCGCCGAUAGUUAUGUAAUCCCCGACACAGUCCAACAGGAAUUCAUCAUGACCCACGCCAAACACCGUUUGUUCACUUUAUCAGCUCUACUAUUAGCUAAAUCUAAGCUGCCAUCUUGUAAACUGUUUGUAUUCAUGGCAAGCACGCAAAUGGUGGACUACCACUUCGAGUUAUUCAGCAAACACUUAGCGAAAAUGCCCGUAAAUCGUGGCAAAUCAACGCAAAACACCGAUAACAUCAACGACAGUGAUGAUGACGAUGUGGACGAAGUCGUAAUGGACACGCAGAUCUUCAAACUGCACGGUUCGAUGGAUCAGAAGGAGCGGAAGGCGGUCUUCAAAGGAUUCAGGGCUGCCGGCAAGGGCAUUCUGAUCUGCACGGACGUAGUCGCGCGUGGCAUUGAUGUCCCCGCAGCCGACUGCAUCAUUCAAUACACCGGCCCGCAAAUGGACGAGGAUUAUCUGCAUCGUGUUGGGCGUACGGGACGCGCAGGACAAUCCGGUUCGGCGAUUAUUUUCCUCACGCAUGAGGAGCAAGCGUAUGUGGAUCAUUUACGGACGCAUCGUGUAUUUUUGAAAAAACGUGAUCAACAAGAAUACAUGAAAGAAUUAUCGAUUGUGAUGGAAGAACCGAAUGUGGAGCAAGCAGCAACGUUGUUACAAAGACAUUUUGAGACGGCAAUCGAGAAAGAUGAAAGUCUUUAUAAAUCCGCGUGUUUCGCGUAUAGUACAUGGUCGCGAUUCUACAACAGUUACCCGGCGAAGAUGCGUGAGUUUUUCAACUUUAAACAAGCGAAUCUGGGCCACUACGUGACCAGUUUCGGUCUGCGAUUGACGCCCACGCAAGUGGCGCGCGUCGUGCGCGGCCAAGUCGUCGACGUUCCAACGCCGAAAUUGAACAAGAAGCUCGCCAACCACAGCGACAAUCCGGAAUUGCAAGCGCGCCGCAGCAGAAAUCAGCCGCCCGGCCAACAACAACAACACAAGAGUAAAACGACGGUGAGUCUCGGGACCUCGGAGUUUUCAAGCGGAUUAGAGCCGCUGCGCAAGCGAAGGAAGCAAGACGAGUAACGCCGUAAUUGUAAAAGUAUAAUAAAAAUCCUCUAGCAGCAGCAGAUGAGAAAAUAUCAAA